UACUAUUUGUGCAGACUGAAGUUGAUAUUCUAAAGAAUUUCUGCGGAAAUUUCCAAAGUGCGUGUUGACGAUGUCGGUUGCCGACGAUGCCGCCCUUCAUCGUUCUCUUUUAAGCUCUAUGCACGACUAUCUACAAAGAAAAGGGUUUGAGAAAACUGCCAAAUCUUUUGAAAAGGAACUGAAAGCAGCUGGAUGGUCUUUGGAAACUUCGAACUGCCUUCUGGAAAACCUAUGGACAUUAAACCAAGGUGUUGAAAAGGAAAAAUCAGUGUCUGAGAGUCUAGUGGAGGAUGAUAGAAGAGCUUCGAAUAUCGAGAAAUCUUCAAGUCGUGGCAAGGAGCAAACAGUCAAAACGUCUUCACGUAGCUCUGGCAAUAGUCCUGGUGAGAAAUACGUUGACACUAAAGAAACGGGUUCGUUAACUCCUUCCAAAUCAAAGUUGGCUGUCGAAGAAGAGACCAGUAGCACGUCCAGUGGAACUUCGGCCUCAACUUCUUCGACAGAAACAGAUUCAUCUCGGAGUUCUAGUCCAAAAAAUUCAUCUCCCUCGAACCGUUCAGAAAGCUCAAGUUCGGAAAGCUCGCAAUCCGGAUCUUCGUUUCGGUCCAGUUCUUCAAACCCAACGCAAGAGUCAUCUUCCAGUUCUUCCUCAGGCAGCUCCAGCUCUUCUGAAGAGAGCGACUCCAGUCAUUAUUCGUCAUCUUCGUCUUCCUCCUCAAAGGAAGAUAAAGAAUCAGCCACGUCAAAAGACUCAAAUGAAUCUUCAGAAAGCGAAAGCUCCGUAUCGACAGGUUCUGAAGAUUCCAAAAGUAGUGUUUCGUCUAGUUCAGAGAGUUCAUCGACUUCAAGCAAUUCAGAUUCUUCAGACACGCAAAGCUCGUCCUAUCACAUCAGCAACUCAUCUGAUUCUUCUUCUACAGACGUCACGUCGUCUUCCAGCUCAAAUAGUGCACAAGACGUCAAAGACAGAAAACUUGCUUCCAAAGCAAAAGAAAAAGAGGGAAUAAGCUCCUCCAAACGUUUACGUGAUGACACUCAGGAACUCAGGGAAAGGUUGGAUUUUCCACAUGACUCAUCUGGAAAUAACGUCGAUCAUGCAACUAAAGUUCCUUCAGAGAAAAAGUUUCGUACAAACGCGAAUGGUAGAGAAGACGCCUUGACUUCCAUAACAUGUCAGGACAGUAGUAGACAAGGUAAGUGGUUGUCCAUUUAUUUCCAACUUCAUUCAUGUGGACGUUUUUCAGCACCUGAGAGAGUUAAAGUGACUUUACAAGCAGCCAACAGCGAGAAACCCAACAGCGAGAAACCUGAUCUGAACGAAGGUCCAUCAGAAAUCGAUGAUGAAAACAGUUCUACACUGCGUCGUUUUCAACGAGUACAGCCAGAUUCUGUUAAGUUUAUUGAUGAUAAAUUGAGAGACAAUUCAUACGAUGCGAAAGGUGGUGAAAUGUACGGCCUUAGAGCAUGGGAGGAGCUUAAAAAAGUAAGAGGCAAAGAUUUUCGCAAGGCUAAAACGAAGAAGAAAAAAGCGACUUAUUUUGGUGGAGGCAUUAUAAGCAAAGAUAGUCACUCUUUUCGAUUUACCUAUAGUGAUGAUUCGAGUUGAACAGAAUACAGGAAUUUUCUCCAAGUGGAGUUUUUUGGUUUCAAAUAGGUGUAGUUGGAUAAGAAGAUAAUAAUAUAUACGUAUUAUAAGGACAUUGAAGGCUGAUAAAAUUUAACUUCAAAUA